AUGCCUCCCCGAGGAGCACCUGGUUAUGAAAGAGGCAGUGGGAGAGGCGGGCCGCCGGGACUUGGUAGUGCGCGUGGCGGCUCAUCUGCAGGUCGCGGUACACCACCGAGUCGCGGUACGCCGCCUUCGGGACCUGGUACGCCCAGAGGAGGCCCAGGUCGCGGGACGCCUAGAGGAGGUGGUGGACCGCCUCGCGGCGGCGCCUCACUCAGAGGUGGCCCUGCACCAUCUGGAGGCACCUCAUCGCAGAUCCCAGCCCACGUCGAAGCCAUCGGGAUCAAGCGCCCUGGAGUUGGUACCGCUGGCCGCAAUCUGGAAGUGAUCACAAACCACUUCUUGACUACGAUCCCGCAGGAUCCGAUCAACCAUUAUGAUGGUACGUUUAUCAACUCCGGAUCCGAGCUGACUUUGCCCAUACGGGUCACGUUUGAACUCAUCAAGCGACUCCAGCUCAAUGUCGCGCCUAAUGUGUUCUCGCCACGCGGAGUCUACGAUGGCCGCAAGAACUUUUUCACCGCUCGUGCGCUUUCGUUUGGCGAUAGCGCUGAGUUCGAUGUUUCGCUCUCAGAUGCGCCAUCCCCCGGAAUGCAACAGGAGGACCAACCCCCACGACGUGGUCCCAAGUACUACAAGAUUCGCCUGACCCGUGUCGCAGAGAUCAACCCCGAAGUCCUUGCGCGGUUCCUGGAAGGUCGCCAAUCUAACGAUGAGCGCGUUCUCACAGCGAUCACAGCACUCAAUGUAGUUGUGCGCAUGCAACCUUCGCUCAACUUCCCGUUCAACGUCCGAUCUUUCUUCACCGAUGCGGAGACUCGCGACAUCGGCGCUGGAAUCGUGCUCUGGCGUGGAUACUUCCAGUCUGUCCGGCCGGCACUCAACAAAAUGUUGAUCAACGUCGAUAUCUCGACAGGCGCGAUGUAUAAGCCGCUAUCCCUCAUGGCCCUGUGCCUCGAUUUCUUUGGGCGCCCCCACAACAAUGGCAAUCCCAACGUCCAGCAAGCCAGCGUCAUGGCUCCGCGUCGCGGGCUCCCCGAUCGCGAACGCGUCCGCGUGCAGCGGUUCGUGAGCGGUGUGCGCGUGAGUAACACGUACAGAGCGCGCAAUCAGGGCGGAGGGCCUGCCGCAAGCCGUGCACGGACCGUCAGGCGCUUGACCAAGGAGGGCGCGAACGAUCUCAGCUUCACGGGCGAUGAUGGCCAGCAGAUCACGGUGGCCAACUACUUCCGCCAGCUUUUGAACCGUCCCCUCCAAUUUCCGGAGGCGAUUUGCGCGGAGCUCAAUACCAAAGCGAUUAUCCCGCUUGAGCUGCUUCAGGUGCUCUCAGGCCAGAUCUGCAAGAAGCAGAUACCGCCUGAGAAGACGAACGACGUGCUUGAAUUCUCGACGAAGAAGCCCCAGGAUCGAUUGCAGAGCAUCCGCAACGGGUUGGCUGUCCUUGCAUAUGGUCAAUCGGAAUACGUUCGUCAGUUUGGGAUGAACGUCACCACGGAGCCUCUCAAAGUAAAUGCUCGUGUACUCGUCCCGCCGACGCUCAAAUACGGUGCUCAAAGCAAGCAGCCGACAAUCACGCCCCGAGACGGAGCGUGGAAUAUGAUCGACAAGCGCGUCUAUUUGCCGUGCUCGCGUGUGGAGCAGUGGAUCGUGAUCAUUUACGACCAACAGCGCAGGUUCGACGGUAGGACUGUCGACGGCAUGGUCGAUGGGUUGAUGCAGGCUUGCAACGUUGUCGGUAUACAAAUGCCGAACCAUCCUGCGGUUGUUAGAUACGAGAACGGACAAGGAAUCAUCGGCGAUCAAUUGCGUAACGCUGGCAUGGAAUGUAGGCAGAAGACAGGUAACCUGCCGAACUUGAUCGUGGUCAUCCUCCCCGAAGGCGGAAACGACAUAUACAGUGCUGUCAAACACUUUGGGGAUGUCACUGCGGGUGUCGUGACGCAGUGCAUGAAGUCUAUGAAAUGCAGCCGCGCAAAAAUGCAGUACUACGCCAACGUCACCUUGAAGCUCAACGUGAAGCUCGGAGGUGUCAACACUAUACCCGACCCUCGUUCUACGUCUAUUCUGUCCGACCCAAGCAACCCCACGGUCGUUAUGGGCGCCGAUGUCAUGCAUCCGGCGCCAGGCACUGUGGGCAGACCGUCCUUUUCCGCCCUCGUGUCUAGUGUCGACAGCGACACCGCAAAGUACAUCGCGACAAUGGGCGUUCAGACUGGAAAGGAGGACAUUAUCGAGAACCUCCAGGCCAUGGUCAAGGAAGUUCUUCAAAUGUAUCUUCAGUAUCGAAAAAUGGCGGAGAAGAAGACAGGUCCGGCACCAAAGCGAAUCAUCUUCUAUCGAGAUGGUAUUUCCGAGGGUCGCUUCAAGGAAGUGUUGGAACGAGAGUUGCGUUGCAUUCGUGAUGCUUGCAAGGAAUUGGGAAUCGCGCCGAAGAUCACAUUCGUCGUCGUCGGCAAGCGUCACCACGUUCGCUUCUUCCCCAAGUCCGAGCGGGACGGCGACAGGAGCGGCAACUGCCCCGCAGGCACAGUCGUAGACAGAGAUGUCGUCAACCCUGUCGAAUUCGACUACUACCUGCAAAGCCAUGGAGGAUUGUUGGGCACCAGCCGGCCUUCGCACUAUAAUGUUCUCUUCGACGAGAACGGCUUCACACCCGAUGGGCUACAAGCCCUCUCUUUCGCGCUGUGCCAUGUUUAUGCACGUGCAACACGUUCCGUAUCCAUCCCAGCCCCCGUCUACUACGCCGAUAUCGUUUGCUCGCGAGCAAAGCACCACUACGACCCCCAGCAAGGACUGGAACUCUCGUUGUCGGAGACGGGUACGAACACCGAAGAGCAGGCGGCGUCCCUGGAGAGAUACAGGGCUGCGUUCAAACAGUUAAACCCGAACAUGAAGAAGCUUAUGUACUUCUGCUGAAGCUGAGUCUGCGGUUGGGCCGUUGAAGAAACGAACGUACGCUGCCGUUUGAGUCGUAAUUGUUUUGUCUUUGCUUUCGUUUGCUUGUGUGUUUUUGUAUGGAGAUUGAUCUUGUUCUCGGUUGCUGUCUUGGCUCUCCGGGCGAGAAAUGCUCGCAAUUCACUUCCCUACGGCCCUUCCAGUAGUACCGUUGUACUUGAAACGGUCUGGCAAUUGCCGGAGUCCUCUCCCUACACUUCUUGACGCUUCUAUAGUAACACUUCAGGUUCAUGGUUCUGCACUGCUGUUGUUAUCGUACGGAACGUUGUAUAAAUUCUUCCACAUACUGUGAGGCCUCGCGACAGCGCGGGUAGCAUGCCUGGUUUCGAAGACGUAGACCGGCGCAUAUUUACACCACAAAUUCC